UUGGUGGUAAUAUGGAAUUUGAUUUUAGGACAAAUUUUGGUCCUAUAGACGGAAGCAAUCCACCACCUACAACCCCAACUACCCCCGUCUCGCCGCCUACACCCGCGCCGGUGCCAACGAAAGCACCGUCGCCAACUGCACCAUUCAGCGGCGAAUUGCUCACUACUAACCAAGGAUUGAACGCAUGGGAGGUAUUCGAAGGACUCGACUUCAUCACCCACAAGAAUUCGGAAAGCCCUCUCAACUAUGCKGUUGUCGCUUCGUAAGUUGGAUGAGUACAUCCGCCGUUUUGUUUUCAAACGAAGAACUGUUUGAAGCGGAAGCUUUGGGAUCUCAYAGCAAUUUCUUGCUCUGUUUUUUCAUUUUUUUGUAGUGGAGGAGCUGCUGGGGGUGGAAAUGAUGUGGUGAGCGAGAGCCAAGCAUAUGGUCUUCUGAUCACCGGUACCGUGCUUGCYAGCUGGGACACUCAUGCUGGAAAAGUCUCCGGUUCCGAUCGCGCAAAGGUCCUCAAAUACUUUGAAGGAUACUACUACUUUUGGAAGGACAUGUGCAAAAAUUCAUCGAACAACAAUKCCAAUUGCCAACCAAACGGAAAGUACUGCAAAUCGGGUUCUAACUCUUAUGUCUGCCUUCCCGACUGGAAACACUCCAAGUAUGGAGGUAGCACAGCAACCGGGCCGGCACCCGAUGGAGACGAAGAUGCCAUUGUCGGUAUCAUGCUCGCCGUGAAGGCCGUGGAGAACGAUSCAAACAAGCCAUCCUGGUACGAAGAAGCAAGAAGAUGGGCCGAUGCCUCGGCUUCCGCGUUUUUCACUUACAGCGUAGACAAGUCCAAGGGCGAUUAUCGCUUGCUGAAACUCGGGUCGUGCUGGGGUGGAUGGGACAACAAUGGCAACAACCCUAGCUAUCACAGCCCUGGCUCGUAYCGCGUCAUGAAAGACUACCAAGAAUCCUUCCCGRACAAUCUCCGCCAGGGAUACAACGCCGUGACACCGGCSGAAUGGACAAAACUGAUCGACACCUCCCACGAGGUCUUGCGUGCGGUCCAGUGUUCCAAUGGUGGCGCCCUUGUUCCGAACUGGGCUACGGUCGGUGUGCGCAACGGGCASAUUGUUCACACGGGUGGCAGCUUUUCCGGCAGCGGUACCGCGCAGUACGAAUACGGAGCGGAGGCCGCCCGAACCACCUUCCGUGUGGCACUAGACGCGGCGUUCUACCCGGACUCUUCGAGCGAGUGGUCCGGAUACCUGAACCACUACAACGAAAGAAUGUCCGAAAACUUCCAGAACGGGUCUUUCCCGUCCAAUACCUUUCCGAGUUGCCGCGGUCCAGGCACCAACCAAAACAUCAACAUGUUCGGGAACUGGCAGUCGAAUGCGUUCAUUUACGGCCCAACAUACUCGGCAUUGAUUGCUGCAUCCUCGGGCGGGAAUUCCCAGGCCAUGAUUGAUGCCGCGGGCGCCAUCCUUGGACGCGCCUUGCCAAACAGUUAUUAUCCCCGUUCGUGGGCCAUGAUCAGCAAUCUGAUGCUCAAUGGGGCCAUGGAGAGUGCAGGCAACACUCUCAAGCAAUAGAAGUGGUGCGARCAGAACAUUUCAUCGCCGCCACCGCUUGUCAUCUGUURUCGUGUUACAGAACACGACGACGCAACCAAGAACAACAAUGCAAACUACAAGUAAUUAUAUGUUUCUAAUAGUACACAUACAAUAAGAGAAAACACGAGUA